UACAGUAACGCUGCGUCCGCUGGGGGAAAGCCAUCUGGACAUAAAAGUUGCCCAUAGCAACAGUCCUCGGCUUCUUUCUCUUUACCUCCCCGGCCUACGCCCUAGCUCUGCUGGCAUUUUCUAGUUCUUAAAGUCAGUGAGGGGAACAUUAUUACUACAAUGAGUGACUCAGUUCCCUGCCCCUCCUGGUAGUCUAAAUUCAAGACAUUCAGGGCAAGGAGGAGAAGGGAAUCAGCCCGUCUGCUGCAAAAUUCAUCCGGAGACCCCCAUGGAAUCUUCCAAGAAGAAAAGCGAACUGGAGAAGAGGGACCGCCUGGAGCUGGAGAACAGGAGGAAAAAUGUGUUUGUGACCCAGUUAGGGGAACACAGGGAAGAGGAGAAAGAAGACUUGGCCUCCAUCCCCAUCAUUUCAGAGGAUCCUGGCAAAAUUCUCAUGUCAAGUGCCAAUACGCUCCAGAGAACUCUGGUCCUGAAGGCACAGGUCGAAGUGCACCACAUGAAUGAGGCAUUGGCCAGCAAAAGGCGGGAAUUCCAAAGUCGAAUGGAGGCAGUGGCCCAAAGAAGGGCAGAACUGGAGAAGCGCCAACAGGAUAACCAGGAGAGAGCACUUCAAGUGGACAAGCUUCGGAAAGACAGAGACUUGAAAAGGAGCUGGGUCAUGCAGAAAUGCCAGGCAGAAGCAAGACAAAAUGAAAUAAAACAGGGGGAGAUAGACGAAUUGGUUCAAGAACUUGAAAGGCUUCAAGUAAGGCAGAAGCAGCUGCAGAAAAAGGUAGCCAAAAACAAGAUGUUUGAAGAUUACCUGAUGAAAACCAUCAACCAAUUGCCCGAAGAAAACCAGGAUGGUGAGAGGAGCUGCCCCAUCAAAGCAAUCAUCCAGCGGCAUGAGAUCCUUUCCGCUUCCAACAGCGACUUAGCCAGGACCUUGGCCACCCUUUCUGACCUCCACGAGAAAGUCCAGCUCGAACUUGAGGCUUUGCGGCUGGAACAUGAAACCCAGAGACUCGUCCUGACUAGUGAACUCUCCCAGCUGCAGAGACAGAGGGACAACAUGAAGGAGAAAAACAAGGAGCUGGAGUUGAAUAUUAAUCAUAACAAAGGUCACUUCAUAUUUCAAAGUGGGGAGCGAGGCAGCCUGCUGUUAGCCAUCGCGGACCUGGCCGAGCGGUGUUACGUGGAGCGCUACGGCCCUCUGCAGGAAAUGGGACUGUUCUCCAAACUGGAUAUGAUUCAAGAAUUCAUGACAGAAAAAAUGGAGAUUGAAAAAUUAACCACUCAGCCCGGGGGAUGUAGGACUUCACGACCGAGACCUAGAGGAUCACCGAGGAGGCAGAAAGUGGGCCCGGGGAGAGAGAAGCAGCAAAGUGAUGGACCCCGCGGACGGAAAUCCUCCCCCUUCAAGAUGCAGGCUGGCCUCGGGUUUUCCACUCCGCCAUCUCCAAAUCGACUCGACUGUUGAAAAUGGAGGAAACCAGUUGGGACCCUAGAUAGAGCAUGAGCCUGGGUGUCAGAAGGAUCUGGGUUCUAAUUCUGGCUCCACCAUGUGACUGCUGUGUGAC